AUGGCUACCGUAAACAUAAGUCAACUGUCAGAACAGCUUUUAAAAUGCCCUGUGUGCCUGGAAACCUUUGAAACGCCGAAAAUUCUGCCAUGUUUGCAUUCGUUUUGCCAAAAAUGUCUCCAAAGGAUUCUUAAAGAAGGCGAGAACGCUAUUUUGUGUCCGACAUGCCGGAACGAAAUUCAGCUACCUCAAGGGGGUGUACAAGAACUUCCAACGAACUUUUUCAUCAAUAACAUGUUGGAUUUCAUAACAGUUCAAUCGUUUUCAUCGAAACCAAUCGAUUGUACGAAUUGUCAGGAUCAUUCACACGCCGUAGCACGGUGUGGAGAUUGCGUGGAAUUUUUGUGUGAGCAAUGCCUCGCCGCGCACAAACGGACCAAGCUUACCAAGGAACACGAAGUCAUGGCCCUGAAAGAUUUGCAAUCUUCCGAUGUGCAAGACAAAAUGCACAGACCACUGUAUUGUAGUCAGCAUGACAGGGAGAUCUUGAAAUAUUAUUGCGAAACGUGCGAUGAUCCCGUGUGCAGAGAGUGUUUGAUAAUGGAGCAUCGGGAACACGCGUAUGGAUACCUCAAGGAUGUUAAUAAUAAACAACGACAAGAG